GACGAUUACUUUCAAGAAGAGUGUAAUUAUAAUAAUGACUAAACUAACUAUGAAGCAAAUAAAGAAUAGACAGUCUAUUCACCCGGGCAGUAGAAAAGCUGAGCAAGUUACCAGAGUAAAUUUGAGACUAAACAAGUUGGAUAAGCAAAGGAAGGUUAUGGAUACAGAGAAGACCAAUAAGAUGUCCAGAUAUAACUUUAUCGCUUCUCAAUUAGCCUCCAUUGAACCUGAACCUGAGCUCUUAUCUUUGGAAGAUUUACACAACCUCGUAGAACUAUACAUCAACAGGGAUGACGAUCAUUACAACGAACUAAGGGCCACUAGAGAGCAAAGGGAUAAAUCAUUGCAAAGGUCCUCUGGCAAGAGUGCCAGAGAAUCUGAGUUGGAGUCGCGUAAGGAGAGAGACUUGCAGGAGUACGCGAGUGGAUUUAUAGUACCAGAUCUAAGUGACAGCUUAACUAUGAAGCUCUUCAAGCAAUUCCCUUGCGCUAGAAAGCUCUCUAAGAAAUCAAAAGGUAAAACACAAGCGAGUGCUAUCGGCGGUAUUUCUAACAACAAGAGUGAUGCAAAUAGUCUCACACCAGAGGAGUUAGCGGAAUAUGGUCUGGAUUACAACUACUUGCCCCAAUUGAAUCUAGUUAGGAUAUACAAGAAUGACCGUAACUUAAAAGAUUUAUCGCAAAAAGGCAAAAAUAAUUUAUAUAAUAUUUGAUUUUCCAUUUUAUUUAUUC